AACACAGCCGGAGUGAAAAACACUUGACACAUGGUAUCUUAAGUGAAUCGGGCGGGGUAGCCCUAACUUCAGGUUGCAGCACUAUCCACAACAUUUAGAGUUGUUGAAAUAAGAAUCGUUGACCACGAACCAAUCUCAGUUAAGAUAUAAGUAUUUUGUGUCGUGUCAGUUUUUAUUUUAUUUUAUUUUAUUUAGCUCUAACGUGAAACCCAGUUCGAGGGCAUGGCAUGUAAGUUGCUUAGUUAGCUAGCACACUAGCUAACUAACUUGUUUGACAACCCCUGGCUGUCAGUGGUGGUGCAUCAAGGGCUAAGUUAAUAUCACUGUGUUGUCGACCACCUUUCCGAAGAGACGGCUAAAAUCUCCAGAUUUUCUCUUCCGUCAUGGAACAAUUUGAUGAAGAGCGAGCUCCACUGCCGAGGAACAUGAUCGAGAACAGCCUGUUCGAGGAGGAACCGGACGUGGUGGACCUGGCCAAGGAGACGCCCUCGUCCUCCUACCCCCUGGACCCGGACGACGUGGUCUACGAGCCCCGCACCUCGCGCCUGCUUGUCCGUGGCCUGGGCGAGAACGAUGGAGAUGAGGACGAAGAGGACUACGAGUCUUCCGCUCGGCUGCUGGGCAUGUCCUUCAUGAACCGCAGCUCCAGCCAACGGGCUGCUGCUGCCUCGGUGUACACACGGCAGAACCCCUCCGGCGGCUUCUGCUCUGUGCCCUCAGCCAAGACCCUGGUGGCCGGGGUCUUCAUCCUGGUACUGAUCGCCUCCAUGGUCAUGGUCAUCUACUUCUUGCCCGGUUGCACGUUCACCAAAGAUGGAUGCAAGAAGCCCAACGUCACGCAGGAAGUCGUCUACCCGAUCUCCACCGAUGGGAAGCCGUUCCCCUGGGCUGACCUGAGAUUGCCCACCACGGUGGUCCCCGUGCAUUACGACAUCCUGCUGCAACCCAACCUGACCACCAUGACCUUCCAGGGGUCGGUCUCCAUCACCAUGACGCCUCAGCAGGACACCGACAAGCUUGUCCUGCACAGCUCUGACCUGAAAAUCAGCCGUGCAACUUUGCAGGGUGUCGAGGUGAAGCCUACAGAAUACAAGCCCUAUCAACAGAUUGCGAUUAAAGAUGUACAACUCAAGAAGGGACAGCAGUGUGUGCUCAAGCUGAACUAUACAGCAAAUCUUUCAAACAGCUACGACGGAUUCUACAACAGCUCCUACCUAGACACAACUGGCACCAGACGAGUUCUGGCUGCAACCCAAUUUGAGCCUUUAGCUGCCCGUAAGGCUUUCCCCUGCUUCGACGAGCCAGCCUUUAAAGCUACGUUUUCUGUGAAGAUAAAGAGAGAAGCCGGAUACAUAAGCUUAUCUAACAUGCCCAAGACCAAGACUACGCCACAGAAGGAUGGGCUCCUACUGGAUGAGUUUGAAAAGAGUGUGACCAUGAGCACUUACUUAGUGGCCUUCAUCGUGGCCAACCUGAGCAGUGUGAGCCGCAACGUUAGUGGAACCGAGGUCUCAGUCUAUGCUGUACCAGACAAGAAGGAUCAAGUCAACUAUGCUCUGGACAGUGCUGCAAAGCUGCUUGAAUUCUACAAUGAAUUCUUUGACAUCCACUACCCCCUAAACAAAUUAGAUAUGGUGGCUAUCCCUGACUUCCUGGCGGGGGCCAUGGAGAACUGGGGACUCAUCACAUUUCGGGAAACAACACUGCUGGUGGGAAAUCACUCCUCGCCCCUGGACAGGCAGCUGGUGACCUCUGUUAUUGCACAUGAAAUCGCCCACCAGUGGUUUGGGAACCUUGUGACCAUGAAGUGGUGGAAUGACCUGUGGCUUAAUGAAGGCUUUGCCUCUUAUAUGCAGUACAUGUCCAUUGAGAAAUUGUUCCCUGAACUUGAUAUUGACAAUGAGUUCCUCAACGUUCGUUUCAGAGCUUUGGCAAAAGACUCUCUGAACUCGUCCCACCCUAUCUCUGCCGUGGUGAAAACUCCCGAGCAAGUGGAGGAAAUGUUCGACUCCGUGUCCUAUGAGAAGGGUGCCUCAAUAUUGCUCAUGGUCAAUUCCACACUGAAUGAUGGAGAAUUCCAGAAAGGAGUGACUGAGUAUCUUAAGAAGUUCAAAAGUCGUAAUACAGUCAAUGAAGACCUGUGGAACAGCCUUUCCUCGGUGAGCAAAACGUUCAAUGUGACGGAGAUGAUGAACACGUGGACUCUCCAGAAGGGCUUUCCUCUGGUCACUGUGAGCAGAAAGGGCUCUGAGGUCAAACUUACGCAGGAGCACUUCCUCCUUGAUGCUGGGAACUUCACUUCCAAGAACUUGUGGCACAUUCCACUGACAUAUGUCAAUGACAGCUGUAGCAAUGCCAGUGACUGCAAGCAGGUGUUUGUCCUCAAGGAAAAAUCAGCCAAACUAGACAUCCCUUCCGAUGUUAACUGGUUGAAAUUCAACUUCAAAAACGAGGGCUUCUACAUUGUGGACUAUGGAGUGGAGGGCUGGAGAGCUCUCAUAGAAGCCCUGCAGAAUGACAUGAACGUCCUCACUCAUGAAGAUCGAGCUGCUCUUGUUAACAACGUAUUCAUGCUCUCAAGACUGGGCAAGGUGUCCUUCAGGCAGGUGUUGAACAUGAUGAACUACAUGACCAACGAGACGGAGACGGCUCCACUCACUGAAGCCCUGGGCCAGCUCAUGCACAUCCUCAGGAUGUUGGAGAAGAGGCAGGACCUCGACCUGGUUGGCAGGAUGAAGGCGUACAUCAUCAGUCAUUUCCAGGAUUUGAUGGACAGCCAGUCCUGGGGAGUGGAGAACUCGGUGGCCAAGCAAACCCUGCGUUCCACUCUGCUGGAGAUCUCCUGCAACUUCUACAAGGGAAACUGCACAGAACAAGCCAUGGCUCUCUUCAAGAAAUGGGUGGACUCCAAUAACACAGAACACAUCCCGGGGGACCUGAUGAGGGUGGUGUUCUCGGUGGCGGCACAGGCGGACGACGGCUGGAACACGCUGCUGGAGGCCUACAGGCACUCCAUCUACGACUCGGAGAAGCGCAAGAUGCUGGAGGCUCUUGCCAGCACGCACAACGUGUCCCGGAUCGCCUGGAUACUCAAAGCUGGCCUUAGUGGAAGUGACAUUCAGAACCAGGAGCUCCCGCUGGUCAUCAGCACCGUCUGCAGGAGCUUUGCCGGCUACCUCUACGCAUGGAAUUUCGUCAAGGAAAACUGGGAAAAGAUCACUCAAAAGUUUCCUAUUGGGUCUUUUGCCAUUCAAAAUAUUAUUGUGUCAACAACCUCCCAGUUUUCUACCAAGCUUCAACUUCAAGAGCUUCAGAACUUCUUCAGCUCACUCAAAGACAAAGGCUCACAGAUGAGAAGUGUGGAGGAGGCGGCCGAGACAAUCAAGCUCAACAUCCAGUGGAUGGACAAAAACCUGGAUACACUCCGAAACUGGCUGUAGAGGCUGCCCAUGUACCCCCCACCACACCUCCCAUCUGCACCUCCUCCUCCCUCCACUCCUCUGAACCUCCAGGUGGCACUGCCCCCAACCCCACCCCCCACCACCACACACCACCACAGCUACGCCACCGUUUGCACUAGUAGGAGUUCCAAGCUUGCUCAGGGCUACCCGUUUUUGAUUGUAUGUCUUGAGACACAUACAGGAAAGAAGUUGGGAGUUUUGUACAAUUUUUUUUUUUCUCUCUAAGUGUUCUCUUAUUUGGCUACUCGCCAAACAUGCAUCUUUUGAGUAGAAAAAAACGUUUAUGCCUUUCGGGAGCAACCGGACACAAAAACGAACCACACAACUGAGAAGCUAAACCGCUAAUCUUACUGUGGAUACUACUGCCAGUGACGGUCAGGAGUGUCCUCUUAAACACGCUCCCUAUGUGGGAAUGGGUCUGAAUAUAACACUUUGUUGUUGAUGUCUCCAGGCCUCACUGCCUUUUUGACUCGGGCUUGUCGUAUGCGAAAGAGUUUUACUUUUGAGCCAUGAACAGAUUCCUUGCACACGUUUGAGGUCUUACAGCUCUUCUGCCGCUGUUACAAUGUAUAUAUACUUUUUGCCUUAGCAAGCUCUCCAUCUGUUGCAUGCUAUGUAUUUCCAAAGUUUGCAUUAUGAAAACGAUGCUUUUCCCUUCCUCUCUUUUGUAUAUAUGGUUUGAGAAGCUGUGAGAGUAUUGAUGUCCAGUUGGUCAGGGACGAUUCGCACAGUGCUUUGAGUUUGUCAUGGGACACAAUAAUGGCAAAACGGCAACAGGGAAUGCACUUUGUUUUUAUUUUGACCAUUGCUGAUGUGGGAGAUUACGAGAAAUUUAUAAAAUGUAUACAACUUUUAUAUUUACUUUCAUUUCCUGCAUUGAACAGUUUUAGUCUUGCAAGUAUGAAUGCAGCCCACUGGUUCUUGUUGUCCUGAGUUAUUUUUUGAUUCCCAAAUUUAGACGAUGUCAACUAGACUGCCAGCCUAUUCCUUCCUUUGUGAAUCAGGUGGGUAUUCCAAAUACGUGAUUUAGUGACAUUUGGGUAAGUUAACUCAGAGUAAGGGGUAAACCUCCUAAUAGAAGAGCUGUAUGGCUUCAUUCUCCUAACAAAACAAUGCCAUAGGGCUCUUGUUGUAGGAGGUUUACCAGUUACUCUGAGUUAACUUACCCAGAUUUGUUACUAAACCAUGUACUUGGAAUACCCCCCUGGAUUGGAUAUCCAAAUAAGAAGGGCUCCGAGGCACACCUUCCGUGUUCAGUGUUUUCACUGAGAUGCAUUCACUUGGCCCAUCCUUUACAUCAUAUACAUAACCAGAUUAAUCUGUUUCAUGAAGUUGUUGUCCAUAUACAGUAGUUUAUACAGUAUACAUGAGAAGAUCUAAGUAUUAAUGACUGAUCCUAAAAUCAUGAAUUGUCACUGAAAGUAUAUUUGGCUUUGUCUAUGGUGAUUCACGAUAAUAGGAUUUUACAUAAUUCUGCCAUAAAAGUCAACACUGCUUAUUCACUGUGCAAUUUAGAGACAUAAUUUUAUUAAAUGCUUACCAAAAAUAUAUAUUCUCCCCCCCCCCCCCCCAUUCAAAUCACCCAAAAAUAUCCUUUAAAAAUUGUGAGCGCAUGAUGGACGCCAUUUUUAAAGAUCGCACCUACUCAAUGAGUGAUUUAGACCAUAUGUCUGUAUUUCCAGUUAAAGGACAAGAGAAACUUCUAGAAAAAAGGCACUCCCUUUUUGCUUUUAUAUGCUUUACCAUGUAUAGACUUGUAUCAAACAGUACUUGAAGAACCAGGAGUUCAGAAGGUAUCCUUUCUUGAUUGUAUGUGUUAUACGAGGGGUUCGGUGGGGCUUGAACGGUGAAGUUCUCAGUUAAGCCAGGUCCGCCUAAGCAGGUAAACUCCGCCAAGGAGACCUUGUAGACCUUGAGUCUUUUAGCUGAUCGAGGAGCAGCACGCUGGUCUCUACCGGAGGGGAGUGUUACCCUCUCCGGAAACAUAGUGGGAGAGCAUGUGGGUGAUUUCUGAGGGAGUUUGUGAAGGUUGUCAUUCCUGGUACUUUUCUGUAAUAGGGUGUAAAUCAAGUGGGUGUGGCAAUGUUCAGCCAACAAAUUGAGUAGACCUUGACCACACCCUCCCACCCUAGUGAGAUUAUUCUUGUUUUCUAUUGUACAUACAACAUCAUAUGUUUUCAUACAGAAGUGAAUUUUUUUAAUUUGAUUUAAAAGUAAAUCAUUUAUGUAUUUUGCGUGAUUCAGUUAUUUAUCUGCUAAAAGCUUGAUCUUUGAUUUCUUGUUGUUGCCUGUGGGAUAUGUUAAUUUUGUCAUAAAUGGCGCACUUGGAAGGUUACCGAUUUAUUAACUUAAAAAGUCAAGAACAUUGUCUACUAUUGAUGGAUGUGGAUUAUGCAAUGCAGAAUCUUGUCUGAAUGUCAAGAAUGAACAAAAGAAUGGUAGCAUUGGAGAACUGAGGCUCAAGUCUUGCUUUUUAAAAAUGGCAAGUUCUACCACCAACAAAUUGUACCACUACUUCUGUGCUUGCGAUGUUGGCCAUUUCAUUUAAAGUGAAGUGAAACCUGUGCUGUCUCAUUAUGCUAUAAUAUAUAAUUAAAGACAUUUUCUAAACUCAGUA